AUGAACAGCGCAUCACAUGUCACCAAUGGUUCAGCUACUGGCAGUCACCUUCCCCAAACCCUUCGUGGCAAGGUCGCAAUUGUUUCGGGAAGCAUUUCUGGCAUCGGUGAAGCCAUCGUUCGGGAGCUUUCAGCCAGAGGUGCUCAUGCCGUGGUCAACUAUCCGUUUGAGCAUCAACGAGCCACAGCGGAAGCCAUUCUUGAUUCCUUACCAACACGGGCCAUUGCAGUAGCUGCCGACCUCUCGACUGUUGAUGGGCCGGCUCGGCUGGUCAGCGAAACUCUGAAGGCCUUCGAUAAGGUUGAUAUAUUGGUGAAUAACGCUGCAGUGGCUGUGAAUCUACCCCUAGAAGAACAGACGUUGGAGCACUGGGACUCUCUGGUGAAUCUAAAUGGAAGAGGUGUAUUUUUGUUGACAAAGGAAGCCCUCCCUCACCUUCCUAAGAAGGAAAAUGGCGGUGGGGGAAGGAUCGUGAACAUCGUGAGCAUUUCCUCUCGCGGACCACCUCCUCGCCAAACAAUCUACGCUGGAACAAAGGGCAUGGUCGACAGUUUCACAAGAUGUUGGGCAAAGGAGCUUCCUCCUAAGUACGGCUGUACGGUAAACGCUGUUAGCCCAGGCGCGACGAGGACCCCAGGCUUUGCGGAGGCGGGGACAGAAAUGAUGAAACUUUUGCAGCCGACUAUUCAGGGGACUCCAUGCGAUCCGCGACUGGGAGAGCCAGAGGAGGUUGCCUUUGCAGUAGCCUUUUUGUGUGAAGAGCGGUCUCGAUGGAUUAAUGGUGCACAUCUUUUUGUGACUGGAGGUCUACACGUUGAUUAG